CCCCACUCACACAAAACUCUUGACCAGAAUGCGUGCCGCCCUUAUCCUUGCUGCUGCCGCUGGCGCCUCCGCCGCGUCCCUCGACGCCCCCCUCCUCUUCUCGCGCCAGUCGGCCGCCAUCGCCGGCUGCGAGGACCAGUGCAACCCCGUCAUGGACUGGGCGUACACUUGCCGCACCGACGUGAACAAGUGCAUGGACGAGUGCGAUGCCGAGCUUCUCGCUACCGCGGACCAGUGCGUUGUCUGCAUGCAGACCACCAACCCCGAGGAGGCCGUCAGGAUCCAGGGUCGCGUCGACCCCAUCCGCCAGAUGUGCGGCGGUGCCGCCGCUUCGCCCUCGGCCGCGUCCUCGGCCUCGUCGGCUGCCGCCGAGACGCCCGCUGCCUCGUCCGACCCCGCCGCCGCCCCCUCGUCGGCCGCCGCCGCCCCUUCGGCGUCUGCCGCCGCUUCUUCUGCGUCUGCCGUCGCCUCCGCGUCUGCCUCCGCCUCAGCCUCCGGCUCCGCCGCUGCCGCCGCGGCCUCCACCCCUGCCGCCGCAAGCUCAUCUGUGUCUGCGCCUUCCGCCAGCAACACCUCGGGCGCCGGCAAGGUCUCGCUCUCGCUCGGCGCUAUCGCUGCCGCUGCCGCCGCGUACCUCCUUUAA